UGAGGAAGCACUUAAGAUCUCUUGGUUCCUGCCACGAAACCCUUCUGUUUUGGAAACCUUGUUUACUCCCAAGUUGGUUACGCCCCGACCACAACGGCGAAUGCCGCCUUCUGCAUAAAGUUUAAUCAAUAAAUUAUGCGCCAGUACCGCAUAUAUAUAUAAUGCAAUGACAAAUUGCACGCUUCAGCCAAUUAUGCGAAUCAUUUUGCACGAAAUGGCAAAGAAGGGCGGAGUUCAGCAGCUUCAGGCGGACAUCAGCAGCGAUGAGGAGUUCGAAAAGUUUUUGCAGCGACCCGGAUUGUUGGUGCUCGAUAUAUAUUCGGAGUGGUGUGGUCCAUGCUUGGGCAUGGUGGGAAGUCUGCGUAAGAUCAAACUCGAGCUGGGUGGCGAUAAUUUGCAGCUGGCAAUCUGCAAAGCGGGUUCGAUUUCGUAUCUGGAGCGGUUUAACAAGAAAAGCGAACCCACCUGGAUGUUUGUUGCCAAUGGAAAGGCGAUUAACAUCAUGUUUGGCACCGAUGUGCCCAAGCUGGUGUCCAUGAUCACACGAGAGCUGCAGUCGACCAUCGCUCGGGAGCCCCAUCAAACCUACGAAAUAACCGAACUGCAGCCGAUCGAGCUCGAACAGUUGCGCAUUCGGAACGAGGCGCUCGAGCAGGCGGCCAAAAUCGAGCUGGAGGAGUGCCGAAGGAAGCGCAUCGAGUACUUGAGAUAUGUUACGGACAUGAUUAUGGAGAAUCUGCCAGAUAUUGGCAUAACGGUAUUUGGUCCUCAAGUGAAUCGAGAUAUGUUCAAGAAGCUCUCCGAGCCGGCCGAUCCAUUGAAGAUCCAAUGCAAAGACCGCAAAGUCUUCACAAUCACCGAGAGCGAUUUCAACACUGUUAACUUCGCAGCCGAGAACCCAUUGCCUCGGGAAGUUAUCCAACACUUGUACGACAAGGAGCUGCUGAUGUGCUUCUGGAAGGUGGACGAAACGCUCGGCACUCCGCCCGCCAUAUUGCAGCAGUAUGCCAACGAGCUGACCAAGAACAUCGUCAAGCCACCCGAUGAGUUCAAUGAGGAGGAGACCGUUCUGCCUCCGCUAAUAACAGACCUCGAAAUAACGGUACAGGUCAAAGUUGAAGGUACGAGCUCCUCUUAGCACUGCUUCCGUACACUCUAGAACUUGAAGAGCUCUCGAACUAUGCGCAUCAAUAACGUUUUGCCUCAGUUGCCGUUCGGCAGCUCCGAUGUGCCUGCCUGUGGAGCUAGAGAAGUUCAUUUUACACAGAACCCCAAAGCCAGCAGCAUCGCACAAAAUUUCAAAAU